CGAGCGAGAGCGCCCUCGAGCAGCACCCGCGCCCUCCACGCCUCUACGGGAAGGUCCUCGAGGGAAGGACGUCCGCAGCCGGCUCGCCUCCCCGGCCUUCGAUUCCCUGCCACCCGGGCCGCCGCAGCCGCACCCCGACCCAGCCGCGCCGGGCCACCCCGCUGCGCACCGGUGUGUGGGUUGUUUUCUUCCGCGCUCGCCUAGACUCCUCCUGCGCGCCACAAUGAGCUCCCACACCGCCCAGACGCUCGCCUUGGUCGUCACCCUGCUCCACUUGGCCAGGCUGGCGCUCUCCACCUGCCCCGCCGCCUGCCACUGCCCCCUGGAGGCGCCCAAGUGCGCCCCGGGAGUUGGGCUGGUCCUGGACGGCUGCGGCUGCUGUAAGGUAUGCGCCAAGCAGCUCAACGAGGACUGCAGCAAAACGCAGCCCUGCGACCACACCAAGGGGCUGGAAUGCAAUUUCGGCGCCAGCUCCACCGCUCUGAAGGGGAUCUGCAGAGCUCAAUCAGAGGGCAGACCCUGUGAAUAUAACUCCAGAAUCUACCAGAAUGGAGAAAGUUUCCAGCCCAACUGUAAACAUCAGUGCACAUGCAUUGACGGUGCUGUAGGUUGCAUUCCACUGUGUCCCCAAGAACUCUCUCUCCCCAACUUGGGCUGUCCCAACCCUCGGCUGGUCAAAGUCACUGGGCAGUGCUGUGAGGAAUGGGUCUGUGAUGAGGACAGUGCCAAGGACCCGAUGGAAGACAGGGAUGACCUCCUGGGCAAGGGAAUGGCAUUUGAUCCCUCUGAGGUGGAAUUAACGAAAAACAAUGAAUUAAUUGCUGUUGGAAAAGACGACUCUCUAAAGCGGCUCCCUGUUUUUGGAAUGGAACCUCGAAUCCUAUACAACCCUUCUUUACACGGCCAGAAGUGUAUCGUUCAAACAACCUCAUGGUCCCAGUGCUCCAAGACCUGUGGAACUGGUAUCUCCACACGAGUUACCAAUGACAACUCCGAAUGCCGCCUGGUGAAAGAAACCCGGAUUUGUGAAGUGCGGCCUUGUGGACAGCCCAUGUACAGCAGCCUGAAAAAGGGCAAGAAAUGCAGCAAGACCAAGAAAUCCCCCGAACCAGUCAAGUUUACUUACGCAGGAUGUUCAAGCGUGAAGAAGUACCGGCCCAAGUACUGUGGCUCUUGCGUGGAUGGCCGUUGCUGCACGCCCCUGCAGACCAGGACAGUGAAGAUGCGGUUCCGCUGUGAAGACGGGGAGACAUUUUCCAAGAACGUCAUGAUGAUCCAGUCCUGCAAAUGCAACUACAACUGUCCACAUGCCAAUGAGGCAGCGUUUCCCUUCUACAGGCUGUUCAAUGACAUUCACAAAUUUAGGGACUAAAUGCCACCUGACUUCCCAGCACAAGGAACAGGGACAAACAGGGGAGAAGAGGGCCAGAAUCAUGGAGACAUGGAUGGGGGCAGUGGGGGUGAAGGGACUCAUUGUAGAAGGGAUGCAUUGCUCAUUGUUGAGUAGUUUUAAGGUAUUUCGAAACUGCCAGGUGUGCUGACGGACACUAAUGCAGCCGCGAUUGAAGAAUACUUUGCUUCAUAAUAUUGGAGCACAUGUUACUGCUUCGUUUUGGAGCUUGUGGUGUUGAUGACCUUCUGUUUUCUGUUUGUAAAUUAUUUGGUAAGCAUAUUUUUCUCUAGGCUCUUUUCUUUCACUUCUACAAUGGUAAAAGAUAAGAUUAACUGAACGGUUUAACCUUCAUCCUUUGACAGAAGUAAAUGGGAAGGGGGUUCCAACCCCUCCUGAGGUGACACUCUGUGAGUGUCUGUGAGAGGCAGCUAUCUGCACUCUAAAACUGCAAACAGAAAUCAGGUGUUUUAAGACUGAAUGUUUUUAUUUAUCAAAAUGUAGCUUUCGGGGAGGGAGGGGAAAUGUAAUACUGGAAUAAUUUGUAAAUGACUUUAAUUUUAUAUUCAGUGAAAAGAAUUUAUUUAUGGAUUUAAUCAUUUAAUAAAGAAAUAUUUACCUAAUA